AUGCGAACGCAGAAGGUUAAGAAGAGUACGAGCAAGGCGGCAGAGCCCGUGAGGCGGCAGAGGAAGGAGAAGAGGGCCGGUUUGAUCCUCCCGGUCGGCCGCAUGGAGCGCCAGUUGCGGGCGGGGCAGUGGAACCCGCGGACGAGCCCUGUCUCGGCGGUGUACAUCGCGGCCGCCCUGGAGCACGUCCUGCGCCGCAUCCUGGCCCAGUCCAUGGCGUGGGCCGACGCCAUGCAGCGCGUCCGCGUCACGCCGCUCUUCGUCGCGCUCGCCGUCAAGGCCGACCCCGAGCUCGACGCCCUGCUCGGCGACGUGAUGUUCAAGGACGCCCGCCCGGCGGACUACAUCCUCCAGGCCGUCCUUUAA